AAUAUAUAUAUAUAUAUGUGCAUUUAUAGUCGUGCGUACAUAUACGAAGAAAAAAGAAUAUCAUGAGCUUUCCGGUCUUCAAUUACUUCUAUCCGCGUUUGUUAUUCUUUUUGCCAUUGGCAAUGGGUGCGUCAAUAAAUAAAAAUAAUAAUAAUAAUAAUAACAACAACAAUAACAACAACAACAAGAUGUGUAGAAAUCUUACUAACGAACCCAUCAGUUAUCGUAACAACACGGACGAUUGGUAUAGUAGGUAUCCCCAGUGCCUCGGCUACCGACAGUCGCCAAUUGCAAUCUUUCGUCAUAAGUCUAUAGAUAUUGUAGUGCCACCGAUAUUGUUUGGCUUAUACGAUAUUCCCAUGUCGGAACCGAUAGUUUUACACAAUUCAGGACAUACUGUUCAAUUUCAAAUGCCUAAAACGGUCUUGGGUGAGAGGCCCUUCAUUACUGGCGGAAUACUUGAGGACACGUAUGUUGUCGAACAAACGCAUUUCCAUUGGGGUUCGGCUACACGCAAAGGCUCUGAGCAUAUGCUAAACGGUCAUCGAUAUGAUAUGGAAAUGCAUAUAGUUCACCAUAACGGCAAGUACGCCAACGUGAAUACAGCUAGAAAUUUUGAAAACGGUAUUGCCGUGAUUGCUGUUCUCUUCAAAAUUGUCAAGAUGCGCGAUAUAGGUUAUGCCGGUUUGGAUGUGAUUUAUAAAAACUUGAAAGGCGUUCAACUUGCCAAUACGUCCGUAACGGCCGGGGAGAUCAUUAGUUUGGGCUCAUUGUUGGGCAGUGUCGAUCGCAACGAUUUCUAUACAUAUCGCGGUUCACUGACAACGCCGCCAUGCUCGGAAGCCGUGACAUGGAUAGUCUUUGCAAAUAUUCUUCCAAUCUCGUAUUCAGAUGUAAGUUUUCUACAUAGAAGGCUUCACCUUCUUCGCUCUCUCUUAAUUUCAAUACUCUUUCCCUUUAAAUAGGUCAAAAAAUUCUGGAAUCUUAGAGAUACCACCGGUAAUCAAUAUGUUAACAUUCGCGGCUUACAGAGCAGCCUCUUUCGUAAAGUUUACCAUUUCGGACACCUU